AUGGAAGCGAAGCACUGGACACAACAAGCUCUUGUCACUCAGAUUUGCCAACCGCCGUCUGUUCAAAUGAACUCGGAUGUGCGUGCCAUAGCAGCUCGUGAACGUGCCAAGGUCAAACAACCAAAACCGGCUCCGAAAUCCAUUCUGCGACAAUCGUCGAACACCAGGAACAUCACGAUCAGCGACGAAGUCUUCUCGCAUAUCAUCGCCUCCGACAACGAAGGGCGGCAGCUCAGACCUGUCCGUAAAUAA